AUGCCAAACAAAGUCUUCACCACCACCCUCGGCAUAAACGCCCUCUUCCUCGCCUCCGGCUGCCUCGAGCUCGGUUUCUCCCUCGUCGUGCAAAACCAAAUGACAAAAGCGCCACAAGACGGACAAGAGGCCGUCCGCAACCUCCUGUACAAGAUGUUCCCCCUCACGGCGGGCAUCAUCAACGGCGCCAUCACGAUCGGCGUGUUCGCCUUCACGCUCUUGGGCCUCAUGACGCCCAAGAGAUCGCUGCUCAAGGCGGGCGGCUACCUGAUUACCAUUUGUGGCGUCUUCACGCUCUGUCUGGGCGUGUACCUCUGGAUAAUGACGCUGCGUCUGAAAGAUGGCUUCUUCGGGACCUAUUUGGAGCAGGAGCCGUCUGUGCAGUCCCUCAUCCAGCAGUCGUUCCAAUGCUGCGGAUACUACAACGCUACGACGCCUGCGUUUGUCACCGAUCCGACGUGUCCUUCUCCCGCGGCGGCUGCUCUCCUGAGAGGUUGCGGCACGGCGAUUUCUAGCUUUUCGAAUGUUUUUAUUGAUAAUAUCUUUACGGCGCUUUUUGGCAUCGUCGGUAUUGAUGCUAUCCUCGUUCUGUCGAUUGCAUGUCUGCUCAAGGACCGCAAGGAACGUGAGCGAUAUCGCCACAUUGAUGAGAAGAGCGGCUUUAGACAAUUCUAG